ACUACCACCACCACUGCCACCUCCCGCUGCCGCCGCUGCCGUCGCCGCCUCUGCCGCCGCCACUGUGGCUGCUGCUCCUCUGUCCUCCUUCUUCUACCAACCCACUCUGAAUCAGCUCCCUUUGCACGACUGCUACUGCUGCAGUCCCUGCCUUUCUCUCUUUCUCUCUCUCCUUAGCGCUCCAAGUUUCCCAUCUCCAGCCUCCUUCUUUCAGGAUCAGGGCAAAGGGAGGAAACACCAGGUCCUGUUGGCUGCUUCAGAACACUUAUGAAGAGAAAACUGUCAGACUUCACUAUGCAGUUGGUCCUUCUUGUUUUCUUGGUGUGGGCACCAGCAAGGUUGGUGCUGGCUGACCCUCAAGAAGAUGAAGCUAAGAAUAACAUUACCAUCUUUACAAGAAUUCUAGACAGACUUCUUGAUGGUUAUGAUAAUCGCCUUAGACCAGGAUUGGGAGACAGCAUUACUGAAGUCUUCACUAAUAUCUAUGUGACCAGUUUUGGCCCUGUCUCAGACACAGAUAUGGAAUACACAAUAGAUGUUUUUUUCCGGCAAAAAUGGAAAGAUGAAAGGUUGAAAUUUAAAGGUCCCAUGAAUAUCCUCCGACUAAAUAACCUAAUGGCCAGCAAAAUCUGGACUCCAGACACUUUCUUUCACAAUGGAAAGAAGUCUGUGGCUCAUAAUAUGACGAUGCCAAACAAACUUCUUCGUAUCCAAGAUGAUGGCACUUUGCUGUACACAAUGAGACUUACAGUGCAAGCUGAAUGUCCAAUGCAUUUGGAAGACUUUCCAAUGGAUGCUCAUUCAUGUCCUCUGAAAUUUGGCAGCUAUGCAUAUACAACCUCAGAAGUCACCUAUAUUUGGACUUAUAAUGCAUCUGAUUCAGUGCAGGUUGCUCCAGAUGGAUCCAGAUUAAAUCAGUAUGAUCUUCUAGGCCAAACAAUUGGAAAAGAGACAAUUAAAUCUAGUACAGGUGAAUACACAGUUAUGACAGCCCAUUUCCAUUUGAAAAGAAAAAUUGGCUAUUUUGUCAUUCAAACCUAUCUCCCUUGCAUCAUGACAGUCAUUCUCUCCCAAGUAUCCUUCUGGCUGAAUCGAGAAUCGGUGCCUGCAAGAACUGUCUUUGGAGUGACAACUGUCCUGACCAUGACAACGCUGAGCAUAAGCGCUCGAAACUCUCUCCCCAAAGUAGCUUAUGCAACAGCUAUGGACUGGUUCAUUGCUGUUUGCUAUGCAUUUGUUUUUUCGGCCUUGAUUGAAUUUGCUACCGUCAAUUACUUCACAAAAAGAGGUUGGGCAUGGGAUGGAAAGAGUGUAGUCAAUGACAAGAAAAAAGAGAAGGCAUCUGUCAUGAAGAAGAACAAUGCUUAUGCUGUGGCUGUGGCCAAUUAUGCUCCAAAUAUUACCAAGGACCCUGUUCUUUCCACCAUCUCCAAGAGUGCUACUACAGCAGAAACCAACAAGAAACCAGAAGGAAAACCAGCAGAAGCAAAGAAAACAUUCAACAGUGUUAGCAAGAUUGACAGAAUGUCUAGAAUAGUUUUCCCAGUCUUAUUUGGUACUUUUAAUUUAGUGUACUGGGCAACAUAUUUAAAUAGGGAGCCUGUGCUUUUAGGAUUUGCUCCAUCAACCUAAAUGUAAAAUUCCCAUUUGGUAUCAUUCCUGCAAAAUGAAAAUCUGCUAGGUUGUUUUGCUAUGUACAGUCCGACUAAUAACUGCUAAUUUGUGAACCAAUAUGUACAGAUUGUAUAUAGAAAUCUCUCUUAUCAGUAAGUCUCCAAAGGAGGCCCACAUUUGCUAAUUCAUGGGAUCUGUAAGCAGAUAGCACCCAUGCCAACUGAGCCAUUGCUUUUACAAAGGUGUACCGAGGGAAGUUGGUUUGAAGUCAAUUUCAGGUAUGCUGAAUAUGACCUCUAUUUAUUGUAGAAAUGAAAAUGGGAGUCCUAUACAACACUUCUGGAACACUUUUGUUUUAGUUAGAUGUUAGAAUUUUUCUCUACUCAUGUCUAAUUUUACAAUAAUGGAUUACAAAACCUUUUUUUUUUUUAAUAGCAGAGUUUGUUCUCUGCAAACUUAACACUUUCCCUGAGUGCUCAGAAUCCCUGCUGAUGUAUUUGGGAGUUUGGUGCACAUAGGAAGAAUGCUAGGAAGCAAGAUUCAGCCUCUAAUUAUUCUGUACAGUUUGUUUAUCCAUGUACAUAUUGCAGUAUGAUGACCUCAAACUUUAGAUGAUUCACAAUCUGACAGGAUGUUAAUUAUCCUUAGCAUUAAAUAAUUGUUGGAAUGACAAGAGUCAUUAUUUUCUUACCUUUUAAACCUUAUUGGAAAGUUGUCAAUGAAGCAGUCAUCGAAACCCUGCAAAUUAUUUUUGUCAGCCCCAUGCAAUUUAAAAUCUCAUGUCUCCAUUUCACAAAAGAAAGUGUCUUAUCUUUCAAGUGUGUCUUAUUUUGAGAUUGAUCAUCCAAAUAGCCUUGGUUUAGAGAUAGGAAAAAUUCAUUUCAAACUGAAGGCUGUUGAACAAAGCUCACAUUCCCACUCCUCAGAAAUUGAUCAGAGUGUUUGUGUCAUGGAGAAUAUAUAUAUAUAUAUAUAUAUAUAUACAUAUACAUACAUAUAUGCAUAUAUAUAAACUGUAAGAUACGCUUUGUUCCUGUUUACUAAUACAGAUAAUUCUGCCUUAAGGCUUCUCUCUUCACCAUUUUGGGGAAGCCACUAAUUCAAAUGGAAGAGGCAGUUAAAGUGACACUUUUUCUCUCCUAAAAGCAGCUCUCUCAGAUAAGAUUUAAUGUAAAUCUGCUUUUGUAAAUUGCAACUUUACAUUUUGCUGACAUAACUUUACAAUGGCUUUGUAUACCAGUCAAGGUUUUGGUAAGAGUUGAACAUUUUUUUACUUAAACUUUAAAGCAUUACUGGCAAUUAUUGACUAUUUCACACACCGAGACACACACACAUACACACAACACACAAGUAGCAAGAUUAGAAGCCGUUUUCAAUUUUAUAUCAAUGUUGAAUAAGAAUGAUAAAUUUCUGUUUUUGUUUUCCUUUGAAUGUUUUGAAAAUCCUUUACGCCCUGAGAUAACUUUUAAAGAAAAAAUAAUGAUUGUGUAUGACCCCCUUGCUUCCAGACUUCUGGACGAUCUAAAAGUCCUUCUGAUUCACACAUAUAUUAGCAGUUAUUAGUUGACCUUUACCAAGAGAUCACCUUUACGAUGAUGUCUUUGUAGAAACGUGUAGUCGUACAGUGUCAUUUCUUGCAGUUUUGUAUAGUAUUUGAGUCUAGUGCAUAAAAUAGGUGUGUUCAAAAUUCAAUAAAAGAAAUAUCUUCUGAUGUGGAAAAAAAAGCAAAAAGAACCAAACAAUGUUGCUUUCAUUUGCCUUUUUUACUUUGUUUCUUCUAGUAUUUUUUUUAAUGUUAUUCUUUUCUGUGCUCUGUAUGACUAUAUUGAAAUCAAGGUCAUAAAUUCAUUUUAAUAAUAGACUUCAUGGUGAAGCAGACAAUAGUCAACAGUCCCACUGGUCACAAUAUAAUUGAUAUGACAGUAAAGAAACCAAAGGAUCAUAUAUGAUUAUCUAAUCCCCUUCUAAUGAUGCCUUCUUUAUCAAUAAAAAAAGAACUUUUAAACAUGCAUUUAACUUAAACAUUUAAGUAAAAAGGAACAUUUUCAUAUAUAUAUGUGUAUACAUUGCAGAUCUCCCAUGUAAUUCAGAUAUGUUUUUCAAUGAUAUGAUAAAGUAUGUAAGGUUUGAAGGCAAACAAUAAAAGGGGUGUUUUGUUUUUUCAUCAUAUAUAUAUUAUACGUUUAAAAUGUUUCUGUUUGUAAAUUCUGAGGUAUGUCCUUAACGUCAAACUACCCAGGUAUAAAUUAUAAAUUUAUAAAUAUGUAUUUAUGUAAAAAAGCUUGUAAAUAAUUGAUUCUUUAAAUCAACCACCACCACACACAAUCUCUCUCUGCUUUUGGCAAAGGGCUGUCCUUGCAUGGUUUAUUGCUGGCAUCAGUCCUAUGUGUAAGUUGGAGCACAUUCCUUAGAAUCAUUAUUUUCUGUGGUCUCAAUGGUUGAAGAUCUUCUGUCCUAAUUAUAUGUUCACAUAAUUUAUUUCAGAAUGCUCUGUUACUGCUCUGACUUCGGUGCAUGUGUUUCUGUGCAUAUCCCUAAAUAGAAUCCUUUAGGAGUCUGAAUAGAUGUGGAGGAAUGAUGCAAAUUUGUUGGGUAGAAGUAGAAAACUCCAUGGAGAACAAGGAUCACAAAUUAUAAAGGCAUGAGCCUGAACAUUUUACUCAACCAAUAGAAAAACAACUCAAAAUAGAUACUAAUGAAAUCAAUAG